AAUGGCGGCUAAAGAUUGAACGUUGAAGGCUCUAUAUUCAGCUUCAGCCUUCGUAGUCUUGCCAUUGGCAGUUUGAAUUGAAGAAGUUUCCGGAAUGCAGUUUAAACUUGAGUGAGUUAUGUUCAUUAUGUUUCGUUUUCUUUGUAGAACAACAAGAAAAGUAAUUGCUGAAGGGGAUAGGGAUAGGGAUUUAGCUCUGAAUCUCACAACUACUCAACUGGGUUUUUCUCAAAAUAAGAUUUUCCCUCUUAGGUUUCUUUCAUCAUCUUCGCAUGUAGGGAAGAGAGCGUUAAAAACUGAACAAAGUGAACAGGAAGAGUCUUUGACUCUUUCAUACUUGAUAAACUCAUGUGGGUUGUCUUUAAAAUGUGCUGUUUCUGCUUCUAAGUUGAUUCAAUUGAAGAACACUGAAAGAGCGGACUCAGUCCUUAGGUUUCUCAGCGACCAUGGUUUCAUUGAAACCCAGAUCUCUAAAGUUGUGAAAGGAUGCCCACGAGUCAUUUCAUUUGAUCCUGAAAAGACACUUUCUCCCAAGAUUGAGUUUUUCCGUUCUAUGGGAGUUUCAAGGGAUGAGGUAGCGGAGAUUAUAGCUAGGACUCCACCAUUGUUAUCUAGGAGUUUAAAGAAUCAUCUCAUCCCCAAUUACAAUUUCCUCAAGAAUGUUGUCAUUGAUGACAAAAAAGUUGUUACAGUUUUGAAGCGCAUGGGACGGGGACUUUUACAGGAUUUAAGGAGUAAAAAUCUUGGUCCAAAUAUAGCUCUUUUGAAAGAUAUUGGUGUGCCUCACUCUGGUAUUAUCUUUUUGGUGACUAAUACAUCAAGCGCAGCACGUUCCAAACAUUCUAAAUUUUGCAGGAUUGUCGAUAAGGUUAAGGAAAUGGGAUUCGAUCCUACCCAAAUUGUGUUUGUUAUGGCAGUUGGAGUAAUUAGCCAAUUGAAGGAAUCGGUUUGGGAAUCUAAGUUUGAGGUUUAUAGGAGGUGGGGUUGGUCCGAGGAUGAGACUCGUGCUGCUUUUAGAAAGCAUCCAUACUGUAUGCUGAUAUCUGAGGAGAAGAUUACAAGAGGUAUGGACUUCCUUGUGAACAGAAUGGGUUGGCUGUCGCGAGAUAUUUCCAAAUGGCCAGAAGGUCUCUUCUUCAGCUUAGAGAAGAGGAUUGCUCCAAGGUGUUUUGUUAUUCAGCAUCUGCUAUCCAAAGGAUUGAUCAGAGAAGAUAUAUCUCCAACCGCUUACUUAAAACUUACGGAAGGUAAAUUUAUGGAUAUGUAUAUAACUCGAUUUCAUGAAAAGGUUCCUCAGUUGUUGGAUGUGUAUGAAGGAAAAAUUGAUUUCCUGGAUGUGAAUCCUGAAUUUCAGAGGUCUGUGAAAUGAAAGAGUCACAUAAAACUUUCUCUUUGCUUGGUAGUGUCAAAAAGUUG